AUGUCCUCUACCGACGCCGCCAACCAGCCUGAGGCUGUCAACCUCGUCAAAGAUGAGGUCACCGGCGAGAUGAUCUCCAAGUCCGAGCUCAAGCGCCGACUUAAGCUGCGCGAGAAGGAGGCCAAAAAGGCCGCCAAGGCUGCCGAAGCGCCUGCUCAGCCUGCCGGUGGUGCUGCCGCCGCCGCCAGAUCCGCCGCCGCUUCCGAAGAGGAGCUCAACCCCAACCAAUACUACGAGCGUCGUUUCCGCACCAUCGCAGCCCUCCGUGAAUCCAAGAACCCAGACCCUUACCCGCACAAGUUCCACGUCUCGAUCUCGCUCUCCGAGUUCAUCUCCAAGUACGAGGGCAAGGUCGAAGCCGGCCAGCACCUCGACAACGAAGAAGUCAGCAUCGCCGGUCGUCUUCACAACAUGCGUGCCGCCGGUCAGAAGCUGCGAUUCUACGACUUGCACGGCGAAGGUGUCAAGGUGCAGGUCACCGCUCAGCUCCAGGACCACACCGACGGCGACUUUUUCGCCAUUCACGACCUCCUUCGUCGUGGCGAUGUCGUCGGUGUCACGGGUAUUCCCGGCAAGACCAAGAAGGGCGAGCUCUCCAUCUUCCCUCGCUCCAUCAAGCUCCUCUCGCCCAGUCUCAAGAUGCUUCCCAAGGCUUCGCAGGGCGAAAAGGGCGGCUUCACCGACACCGAGCAGCGUCACCGCAAGCGAUACCUCGACCUGAUCAUGAACAACCACGUCCGCGACAUCUUUGUCAAGCGCGCCAAGAUCAUCAACUACGUUCGACGCUUCCUCGACAACCUUGGUUUCCUCGAGGUCGAGACUCCCAUGAUGAACCAGAUCGCUGGUGGUGCUACCGCCAAGCCUUUCGUCACCUACCACAACGACCUCAAGCUCGACCUGUUCAUGCGCAUCGCUCCCGAGCUCUUCCUCAAGGAGCUCGUCGUCGGUGGACUGGACCGUGUCUACGAGAUUGGCCGUGUCUUCCGUAACGAGUCGAUCGACCAGACGCACAACCCCGAGUUCUCCAUCUGCGAGUUCUACAUGGCCUACGCCGACAUGUACGACCUGAUGGACAUCACCGAGUCGAUGAUCUCCGGUCUGGUCAAGGCGGUGACCGGAUCGUACAAGAUCAAGUACCACCCCGAUGGCAAGGAUGUCGAGGGAGGCCGCGAGUACGAGAUCGACUUCUCGACGCCUUGGAAGCGAUUCGACAUGAUCAAGGAGCUCGAAAAGGCCACCAACACCACCUUCCCACCCGCGGAUCAGCUGCACACCGAAGAGACGCGCAAGUGGCUCUCGGAUCUCGCCGCCAAGCACAACGUCGACUGCUCCGAGCCCCGCACCUCCUCUCGACUCAUCGACAAGAUGACGGGCGAGUUCAUCGAGACGCAGUGCAUCAACCCUUCGUUCAUCGUCGGACACCCGCAGGUCAUGUCUCCUCUCGCCAAGCGUCACCGCGACAUUCCCGGUCUCUGCGAGCGAUUCGAAGUGUUUGUUGCUACCAAGGAGAUCUGCAACGCCUACACCGAGUUGAACGACCCUUGGGUUCAGAGGGCCAACUUUGAAGAGCAGAGCCGACAGAAGGACCAGGGUGAUGACGAGGCGCAGGGGAUCGACCAUGUGUUCAUCGAUGCGCUCGAGCACGGUCUGCCUCCUACCGGUGGUUGGGGUCUGGGUAUCGACAGGUUGGUCAUGUUCUUGACCGACUCCAACUCGAUCAAGGAGGUGCUCGCUUUCCCGGCAAACAAGCCGCUGCCGUCGGACAACAAGGCUCAGCCUGUUCCGGCGCUCGAGGAGGAGUCGGCGGCUGUGGAGCCUACGUCCGAGGCCAAGGUGUAA